CAGACUGAUAGAGGUGAGGAGGGUUACACAGGAGAGACAAGCCGGUUCAGAGCGACUGGGUUCAUCCGAGAGAAGGAAGGAGAAGACACACAGGGAUACAGACAGAAAACCCAGCGACCCGUUCCAACAAACUCCUACCUGGCUAUGACUGACGUCCUCCCCGACAGCCAUGCCAGAACUCCAGAGCCAGAGCUCCGCCUGGUCCUCCUAGGGACCAUCGGCUGUGGCAAGACCCUGUCAGGAGACACCCUCCUGGGCCAGUCCUCCUCCGGCUCUCCUUCCUCCUCUGGUUCUUCGCCCAGGCUUUGCCAGCUGAGGCCUGGGGCCUCCGAGGGCCGGAGGUUGACUGUGGUGGAGGCCCCUCGCUGGUACUGGAGCGGGGGCCACAUGGAGGCUGGGGUGAGGAAGGAGACAGAGAGGGCACUUGAGCUGGCUGCCCCGGGGCCACACGCCUUCCUGCUGCUGGUUCCUGUCGGCCAGUUCACCGAGGUGGAGCACAGAGUGCCCGCUGAGCUGGAGGAGGUGUUUGGGGAGGGGGUGUUGAAACACACCCUGGUACUGUUCACCUGUGGAGACUACCUGAUGGGCCAGGGGGCGGGACAGUACCUGGAGGGAGAGGACCCUGGGCUCAGGGAGGUGAUUGACAGGUGUGGGGGCCAAUACCACGUCCUCAACAACCGCCGACCGCAGGACAGGGAGCAGGUCAGGGAGCUGCUGGAGAAGGUGGAGAACAUGGUACAAAAGAACAGAGGAUGCUACAUACGACAAAACACCCUGCAGAGAGAGAUGGAAGAACAAGCGAGGGGGAGAGAGAGGGAACUGAAGGAGAAGGUGGAAGAACAAGCGAGGGAGAGAGAGAGGGAACUGAAGAGGUACAAAGUGAAGGAGGAGAAAGAGACUGUGCUGGAAUCUAGACAUGUCACAAACACAGAGACACCCAGAUAUUGUGGAAGCCGGAAAAGAGAGGUUACACCUAACUCUGCUAUAGAGAGGAGAAGAGAGGAAGAGAGGGAAGAGAUCAAGAGAGGGGAAGAGAGUGAGGAGAUGGAAAACUGGAAGGAAGAGAUGGAGAAGAUAAAGAAAGAGAGGGAUGAGAUAAUGAAGAGCAGGAAAGAGAAGGAAGAGAUGGAGAGAAAAAUAGAGGAAGAGUGGGAGAAGAGAAGAAAAUAUGAGAUGGAGAAGAGAAGGGGGAGAGAGAGGGAACUGAAAGAGAAGGUGGAAGAACAAGCGAGGGAGAGAGAGAGGGAACUGAAGGAGAAGGUGGAAGAACAAGCGAGGGAGAGAGAGAGGGAAAUGAAGGAGAAGGUGGAAGAACAAGCGAGGGGGAGAGAGAGGGAACUGAAGGAGAAGGUGGAAGAACAAGCGAGGGGGAGAGAGAGGGAACUGAAGGAGAAGGUGGAAGAACAAGCGAGGGAGAGAGAGAGGGAAAUGAAGGAGAAGGUGGAAGAACAAGCGAGGGGGAGAGAGAGGGAACUGAAGGAGAAGGUGGAAGAACAAGCGAGGGGGAGAGAGAGGGAACUGAAGGAGAAGGUGGAAGAACAAGCGAGGGGGAGAGAGAGGGAACUGAAGGAGAAGGUGGAAGAACAAGCGAGGGGGAGAGAGAGGGAACUGAAGGAGAAGGUGGAAGAACAAGCGAGGGGGAGAGAGAGGGAACUGAAGGAGAAGGUGGAAGAACAAGCGAGGGGGAGAGAGAGGGAACUGGAAUCUAGACACGUCACCAACACAGAGACACGCAGAUAUUGGGGAAACAGGAAAAGAGAGGUUACACCUAACUCUGCUAUAGAGAGGAGAAGAGAGGAAGAGAGGGAAGAGAUCAAGAGGAGAAGGGAAGAGAUGGAGAGGAAAAGAGAAGAAGAGAUUGAGAGGAGAAGAAGGGAAGAUAUGGAAGAGAAAGUGACUGUGAAACCCUUGGUUAACUGUCUUCAAUCAACACCAACACAACAGCAGCAGCCAAAAAAGCCCCAGAAUGGUGGUCCAGCACUGUUCACAAGGAUCCCUAGUUUCCAUCUGACUGAAGAGGGCGCUAUACUCUCACAGCUGUCCGAACUCGAAGCAAAACCAGCCCAGAAAGUUGUUAAUACCUUCUGCCACAGAAUCAACAGCAUUGGAGAGAAGACAACCACCUCCUCCUCCUCCUACACCUCCUCCUCCUCCUCCCAGUCAGAGUUGCGUGUGGUUCUGCUGGGUAGGUCAGGGUCAGGGAAGAGUGCAGCAGGUAAUAUCAUACUGGGGCGGGAGGAGUUUGUGUCUCGACCAGACAUUACCACAGCCGUCACUCAGGACUGUCAGAAGAGCAGGGCCCUCGUUGCCGGGAGACGGGUGGCAGUGGUGGACACUCCAGACUGGUUCCGCUCCGAGCACCCUCCCAAUGUGGUCCGUUCCCAGCUGUCGUCCUGUGUGGCCCUCUCGGCCCCUGGCCCCCACGCCUUCAUCCUCUGUGUCCCCGUGGACCAACCAGCCCAGGCAGAGCUACAGGCUCUAGGGGCCCUAGAGAAAGUCUUUGGUCCUGGGGCGGUCCGGACCCACACCCUGGUCCUCUUCACUCACUCCGAUCGGUUGAAGGAGAGCGGGAAAGUGGGAGUGGAAGGAGUGGAGAAGUAUAUCUCCAGCCAGAGGAGAGAUUUGUUGGAGUUGGUUAAACGAUGUGGGGAUCGGUAUCAUGUGAUGGAGAGAGGGAGCGGAGGAAAAGAGGAGGAGGAGAGGAAGAGGAGGAGUGUGGGGGAGUUAUUGGAGAAGGUGGAGCAGACAGUGAGAGAGGGAGGAGGAGAGUGUUUCUCCUGUCCGCUCUUCCAGGAGGCGGAGGAUAGGGUGAGACAGAGACAGGAAGAGAUAGUGAGGGAGAGGAGGGGAAGAGGAGAGGAGGUGAAGAGACACGCGCUUCAUUCCUACUCCAUGCAGCCCUUGAGAGAGACAGAGGAAGAUGUGGAUGAGGAGGAGAACGAGAGAACGAGAGAGGAGGCGGAGAAGAGUGUGAGCGCCCUGGAAUUGGAAAAUCUUCCCUCGCUCUCGUCCUCUUCUGCAUGGUAUUCGUCGCUCCUUCGCUCGGUGUGGGAGAAGGUGGGGGCGGGAGCGAGUAAGGUCCCCAAGCUGACGGCUGGAGGUGCGCUGCUGGGUGGGGUGGUGGGCGUGUUCUUUGGAGGGCCCAUAGGGGGAGCUAUAGGGGCCACUGCUGGAUCUGUGGCCACUGAGGUGGGGAGAAGGAGGUUUAGCCAGACAAAGAACUCAGCAGAAGAGACAGAUGCCACAGGGAGAAUAGAAGGAGAAAUCUUGGACAAGGUGUUGAAAACCGAGUGAGAGAGUCAGAUCCACACACGUUGAUAUGGAUGUACAGUACAGCAUUUUAUGAGAGAUUAGAGGUUUCUACCUAUGAUAUAUAUCCACAGGUGAUUGCCUGUGACCGUGCAGACGUUGUACAUAUCUGUGAUUAUAAACUGGGUUGGUCGAGCCCUGAAUGAUGAUUGGUUGACAGCCGUGGUAUAUCAGACAGUAUACCACGGGUAUGACAAACAUUUCUUUUUACUGCUCUAAUUAUGUUGGUAACCAGUUGAUAAUAGCGAUAAGGCACCUCGGGGGUUUGUGAUAUAUGGCCAAUAUACCAUGGCUAUAUACUACGUUGCAUCGUGCCUAAGAACAGCCCUUAGCCGUGGUAUAUUUUCCAUAUACCACACCCCCUCGGGCCUUAUUGCUUAAAAAUAAUGCUGGUAAUAUUGUAUAUCUGUGAACAUAAUGUUGGUAACAUUGUACAACAUAUACUGAUGUGUAAGUUGUUUUGCGGCAAAUACCGGUUCUCAUUGACUGCUUCAAUGUUUUGUUGUAUUUCUUUUCCAGCUAUUACAAUUAUGACUUGUUAAAUAACUCACAUGUGCUACAUCAUUAUUAUUCAAAUUACAUUCAACAUGGUUUCUUUAAAUGUUAAACUACUAUUGUGCAUAUAGUUAAUCCGUUUCUUAAUGCUAAUAAAACACAUUGCAUGAUAAUAUCAUUCAGUUGGGUUUGAAGGCCUACAAUAUGUAAAGUUGGUCCUGCAAAUAUGUAAUAAAACCCAGAGGGGAGGCAGAGGCAAGGGGGUAUUAUCUCCAUGUCCCAGACUGCUUUGCCUCACCCUCCAGGCCUCUUGUAUCAGUAGGACUGGAUAGAGCAGGUCUAGGACACCAGCCCCUACCUCACCAACCACCUCUCCUCUGUGUGAUCUGAUCCUCAGGGGCAUCCGUAGUUCACCCUACAAGCUCUCACAGUCUCACGUCAGAAUUAGACGUUCAUCCAUGUUUCUCAAACGUCAAAUUUCAAAGUGUUUGAGGUUGAGUUUAGGCGUUAACUCCAAAUUCUUAUGGUUAGGCAUUCAUCCUGAAUGGUUCAUGCAACGAUUAAGGUUUGGCAUAGGAUUAAAACAAAAUAUCAAAAACAACUUUA